AUUUCAAUCAACACAUCUCCUCUGACGCCCUUCGAGAGUCCUAGAUUAUCAGCAGUAAACUAUACUGCUUGGGAACAAUGGUAUUUCGACAGUGUGGCCUCUGAUGGAUCGUCAAACACAGUCAUCACAUUCUUUCGAGACCCAACUUCUCAUACCGGCCUUGGAAGUCUUUGGGUCAUGCACGAUGCUGUCUGGCCCAAUGGAACUCGAUCUUCCAGUAUCACUUACGUGGAAGAAGCUCAAAUUACCCAUUGUCCCAGCUAUACCUAUGGUCUGUGGAAUAGCAGCGCUGAGAAUGCUAGUUUCACAUUCAAUGUGACCACAGAUCUCAAGGAAGCAGCUAUCUCGAUCUCAACCCCGGAGACGAAAGGGACUUGGAGCAUCACCACAUUAGGUCCAGCUCGCUAUCCAGAUGGUUUUUUGUACCCGAACUCGAACGCAUCUACCCUUUUUGCACCGAUGCUGUGGUGGGUUGAAGCUAUGCCAGCAGGGGAUGUCCAGACCAGAUUCGACAUCGCAGGCUCGCCAAUUGCGUUCACAGGAUAUGGAGGAGUUGAUUACUUCGCUGGAUCAUUCAUCUGGGAUUACAUCUGCAAAGAAUGGUAUUGGAUGAGAGGAGUCGUCGGUCCAUAUUCGAUCGUGUUCUGGAAGUUCACAUCAGCAAUAGACAACAACACAUACACGUCAGCUUUCCUUGUCCAGAAUGACACUGUUCUAUUCAGUACCCAGAACUCGAAGGAGAUCUUGGCCACCAACCCUCACGCCAGCUAUGCCAAAUUAUCUCUGUUGUAUGGUGGGAAAGUUUCGGCAACAAUGGGAGCUAACGAUACGGGCUUUGCAUUGGACUUGAUC